UGAACAUAGAGAGCGCCUUCGGAAGCAAGUAAACCCAGGCAAGCCCUGGCUCAAAAGCCGAAGUAUAUAUCAAUUUUUGGUAGAUCUAAAGAGGCUUGAAUCCUCCGAAUUAAAACCCCAAGAAGAAGAAGAAGAAUAUCGCAGUGGGAAGAAAGCGUAGUAGGAGGCGGCAGAGCGAUGUUUCGGAACCAGUACGACACGGACGUGACGACAUGGAGCCCGGCGGGGCGGCUGUUCCAGGUGGAGUACGCGAUGGAGGCGGUGAAGCAAGGGUCGGCGGCGAUCGGGCUCCGGUCGGCGACCCACGUGGUGCUGGCGACGGUGAACAAGGCGGCCUCCGAGCUUUCGUCCCACCAGAAGAAGGUCUUCAAGGUGGAUGACCACAUCGGCGUCGCCAUCGCCGGUCUCACCGCCGACGGCCGCGUCCUGUCCCGCUUCCUUCGUUCCGAGUGCAUCAACCACACCUUCGUCUACGAGUCCCCUCUCCCCGUCUCUCGCCUCGUCGUCCAUCUCGCCGACAAGGCCCAGGUCUGCACACAGCGAUCCUGGAAAAGGCCCUACGGAGUGGGCCUGCUGGUUGCUGGAUUGGAUGAAACGGGAGCUCACCUAUAUUAUAACUGCCCCAGUGGAAACUACUUCGAGUAUCAAGCAUUUGCAAUUGGAUCCCGGUCGCAAGCGGCAAAAACUUAUUUGGAGCGCAGAUUUCAGGCUUUCAACAACUACCCUCGUGAAGAACUGAUAAAAGAUGCCCUUUCUGCCAUUAAAGAAACGCUACAGGGUGAGAAGCUGACCAGUGCCAUCUGCACUGUUGCUGUUGUUGGGGUUGGAGAGCCAUUUCAUGUCAUCGAUCAGAAAACCAUACAGGAAGUGAUAGACUCUAUGGAGAUUAGGGAGGAAGCUGCUGCCGAUCCGGGUACCAUGCAAGAGGAGGAUAAGAGCUCAGAAGCUGCACCAAUGGAUAUUUGAUUCAGUCCUUUCAGGUCGGGAGUUCUUUUUGAGGCAUGAGGUUUUGAAAUUCCUCGCUGCAGCGUGGGAACUUUGGACGUUAACCCGCAUGAUGACAGGUUUUUUGGGCCCAAAGGAACUGUAAACUGUCAACCUUGCAUUGCAUCAUCUUGCGUCUCUCCGCCAUAUUUCGUAUCUAUUGAAUGUUGUGCAAAACUAGUGAACGAAUGUGCUACUUGAGUAAAGUUUGGCUUGACUUUGGAA